AGCAAUACCGCUAAAGAUAGCAGAGGGAAAACUGGCGGUUUUAGCAAGUAAACGGACUGCUGGUUAUAGUUGUUGCUUAAGUUUGGGAGGUUCUUAAGAAGUCUAGACUUGCGUUGAAGGCUUCAUAUUUCGUUGGAAGAAAAAAAAAUAAUCACUAUUUAAAAACAGUUAGUACAUAGUUUACUGUUGCAAAGGUUCGCUGCGUGCAUUUAGGAAGAUGCUGAAAAGUUGCGGGAAGAAGUUUUUGUUGUCCCUGAUCGGAGCCAGCUUUACCUGCUUGUUGGUGCUGAUGCUUGACCAGCAACAACUGAAAAGGCAAGACGAUGACCUGCAGAACGGUGUUGAGGUUGGUAGGCGAGCGCUGCAGAGUCUCCAACCUUUCUCUGGGGAGAAUCGUGAGCUAUCCGAAGAGUUUACUUCCAAGGACCAGGCAUCGCCUUCUCUCCAGAUGAAGAGUUUUUCUGCAUACUUCGGCCAUCUGACCCGGACUAAGAGAGAAGUGCAGCCAGCGGCUGAUCCAGGUGCGGAUGCAACCCCAAGCCCACCAGCAGAAGAGCUAUCAGGCAAGGACGUAUUCAUCGCUGUGAAAACAACGAAGAAGUUCCAUAAGUCUCGGCUAGAACUGCUGAUGGACACCUGGAUCUCUAGGAAUAAAGAACAGACAUACAUAUUUACAGAUGGCGAAGACGAGGAACUGAAAGCAAAAAUAGGUGACCAUGCUAUCAACACCAACUGUUCUGCCGCACACAGUCGCCAGGCAUUGUCUUGUAAGAUGGCGGUGGAGUACGAUAAAUUCAUAGAAUCAAACAAAAAGUGGUUCUGUCAUGUGGAUGAUGAUAACUACGUGAACAUUAGAACUUUGCUAAAGCUGCUGUCCCGGUUUCCUCACACACAGGAUGUCUACCUUGGAAAACCUAGUCUGGAUCGACCCAUCCAAGCCACUGAAAGGCUGAGCGACAACAAAAUGCAUCCUGUUAAUUUCUGGUUUGCAACUGGAGGUGCUGGAUUUUGCAUCAGUCGUGGGCUGGCACUUAAGAUGAGUCCAUGGGCAAGUGGCGGGCAUUUCAUGAAUACUGCAGAGAAAAUUCGCUUGCCAGAUGAUUGCACCAUUGGUUACAUCAUUGAAUCGGUGUUGGGUGUCCGGUUAAUAAGGAGCAACCUUUUUCAUUCUCACCUGGAAAAUUUACAGCAAGUGCCAAAGUCGGAGCUCCAUAACCAGGUAACAUUGAGCUAUGGAAUGUUUGAAAAUAAGAGGAACUCCGUAAACAUGAAAGGUGCUUUUUCUAUUGAGGAGGACCCAUCCAGAUUCCGGUCCAUUCACUGCAUGUUGUAUCCAGAUACACCAUGGUGUCCUCCUGGUGUGCAUUACUAAUGCAUGACUGAUGUGCUUUAAACCCGUCCCGCAAUGCCUUGGUAUCCUAAGGAUUGAAAGGGACCAGCGUAAACUUUGGUUCGUGCUGUGAAGCUACUAGUGUUGUUGCUACAGUAAUUUGUGGCGUUUGUUAAAUGGGCUGCUGUGCGGCCUCCUGUUCUGUUACAGACUGAGGCUCGACUUGUUGUUGGGCUCCUUUUCCUUGGCAAGUUCUGUUCACCUUUCUGUACCGACUUUCUCCAGCAAGAUGUCGCUUUAAGAUUUAAACCAGAAGCCAGGGUGCAGAGAAGAAGCAGAGAGAAAGUCCAAGGAUUUCAGCUAUCAUCUCUAUGGAGUUCCUGCAAAAUGAGCCUCUGCCAUCUGGACUUGCUUAUUUUGAACUGUAUUGUAAAUGUUGUUUGCAAUGAGUCUGCAAUUCUCAUAGAAUGUAAUAUAUUAAUAUUGUGCCAUUGGUCAGCUCUGAGUGACCUGAAAUGUAUUUUUGGGUCAGUCAGCUUCUUCAUUUCAAGGCCCAGAGUGGGCAUGGAGUGUAUUAUUUUAUUUUAGUCAGUACUGAAUGCACAUUUGGCAUUUUCAAAUCCUAUUGUGGGGAAAUGAUGUGUCAGUUAAAUUCUACAUAUCUAUGCAACAGUAGGUAACGUCUGUAAAAUUAGAUGAUUUUUUAAUAUGUGUCCAGACUUUCAUACUUAUUCAGAAAGUGUGAUUUUUAAAAGUGGUUCAUAGUAUGACCUAGUUUUAAGUAAUUGGGUAAACUUUUCCCUACUACAGCCAAUUAGAAUAUAAAUGUAGUAAUUGUUGUAAAGAAGGGCCUUACAAACAUAUUUCAGAGUCUGGGGUAAUAUGUGACACAGAUCAUUUUUCACCCAUUUGCAAGCAGAGUUAAGGCAAACUUGCCUGUACUGGAAAGUAAUAAACCACUUUGCCAGUAAACUGCAAUGUAAUCAAAUGGGAAAGCACUGUUACAAUAUUACUCUUGUCUGAGCUUACUCUGUGUUCAGUGGAACUGAAGGACUGAAGCCACACAGGACCAAAAUAACUCUGUUGACUAGUCCAGAGAAGAUAGUAUUCAGUUUUUUUAUAUAUAUUUUUUUAUCUUAAAUUCAGUCUUUUGAGAGUUUUUCUUACUUGACAGGAGAUUUGGGUCUUUCAUCUCUCUCUUCUGCAAGAUGAAAGUUUUUAUAACAGUAUGAUUUUUUUAUAGACUCCGGAAAUGGUUUUCAAGAUGAAGGUCCUUUUAGAUAAUGCUACUGUUUGCAAACCCCAAUACUCUUUUUGUAAUUCUUUUUCUAAUUCUGGGCUGACCCCUUUGGCACAUAAAUGUUGGGUGUGGUCUCAAUUUUACUUGGGGCUGUCCUUGUAACCGAAGCACUUUUGUCUUCUACUAAUGUUUUUCCCUGUUAUUUUAAAGAGCUUUUUUCUUCUCAGAGCUGAAUAAUUAGAUAUGUUUAAGUAGAAAUUAAUUUAUAUAUUAAAAUGCUAUGCAGAAAUAAAGGAAGACUAUGAUCUAAUUUCUAGAAUUUAUUUAAUACUGAUGUUUUUUUUGCCAGAACAUGAACCCUAGUGUGAGAAUGUUCAAUAUAAAUAUGUAUUCAUUAAAAUAAGAAUUUAAAGUAGUGGGGUGAAAAAAGCUUUAGUUGUGAAUUAUAACCUUACUUGUCACAACAGAAUGUUUGGAAACCUUGACACUUUUAAUUUUAACCUUACAAUGGUCUUCCUUUAUUCUGCAGUCUGACAAGUCUAUAUUUUUUCCUCAUCUGGUAGAAAGUUAUAUUCUGUACCAGUACUGCAGGUAAAAGCUUUCUGCUGUACUGUUAUUUGUAAAGUGACUUGGCUUCUAUUAUGUUUAUAAUCCUUUAGGGCCCCUUCCCACGACUGCUUUCUGUUACUUUUCUCCCAUCUGCCGGUCUUGUUUUUACAGCUAGCAUUUGUCUGCUUUGUAGUAUCUGCACAAGAUUUACCGCUGUGAGUUGUGAUGUCACAGUGCUGGUUAAAGGUGCUAACAUUAUAGCUUUGUAAUUCUUGGAUUUUCACAUCCGUUACAAAAUGGAAUGGUGCUAAAAUAUCUCUUUUUUUUUUUUACAAGGCUUGUUCUCUGUAUUUGUUUAGGAUUUUUGUCAUGCCUUUGCAGUAAUCAAUUUCACAUACUGGCCUCUUGUAUAACCCCCCACCAUCAUAUGUUUUUACCCAUAACAUUUCAGAAGGCUAAUCAAUUCUGUGAACUGUCUUCCUGCAAGUGAAAAAAUGCUACAUGGCUUUUCCCAAAAAUGUUCAGUGCUAUCUAGUUUUCCUGCUGCUGUUUAUUAGUUUCAGGCAUCCUUACAGUAUAGGUUUGCUGCUUUUCAGGAACAAGCUUUUUGACACCCCCAAAGGAAAUUAUAUAAAUAAGCUGCAGUUCUGUUUAAGAAUCCCAUAGAGUGAUUUAAACUGAAAUGUAAGUGUUGCCAAUUUUACAAAUGGCAGCCACAUUCAUCUGCUAAGAGCAUCCCUAUGAAAUUCCAGGAGUGAGGAAGAAUACUUUAGCCUUGUUUCCAGUUCAUAUAACUACUGAGUUAAUAAUAUGAAUUAGUAAUAUGCUGUGAAUAAAAAAAAAAAGUUAGGAAAGUAACAAUACUCCCUGGAGUUGGGUAACAUAGCACACUAGCCCCCAACUCAUCUCAUAUCUUGUAUAUCAUAAACCAGCCAAGUACCGCACACAGUGGGAGAGUACUCUCCCAAAAUUAUGUGGUCUGGUAUGUAUUAUUUGCUUUAAAGUGAAGCAAAAUUUUCAUUUCCAUGUUUUUGUGUCUUAUGUUAGCCACUGGUUUCACAUAUGCUCUGCUCGGGUAACUUCUGUGAUGACAAUGCUUAAUCUGGUCUGUUUUGUGGUUCAACAUUAUGCAACUCUGUAGGGGAAGGGAAGGUGUUAAAAUUUUACCAUUCCACUCCCUUCCAUAAAGUGCUGGAUGAAGCAAGGCACUUAACAUUGUAAUUUAGCACUUUGAGCACUGUUGCAGAGAAAUGCAUACAUUUUUAAUAAAACAUGUUCUUGUUUACCCACAGAUGAAUAUUACUAAUGCAGUGCAGUCACAGUGGAUUCAAAUGUGAUCCAAUAACUACAUUUUACAAGUGCCCACAAAAAAAGUAAAAUGCACUGUAAUACAUGUAAAAGUGCUCUCAUGCAGAUGGUUUGAAAAAUAUGUAAAAUGGUAGGAAAUCUGCUAAAACUACUAAACUGUAAAUAGUAUCAGAUGAGCUAGUUAAGCAAAUAGUUGACUUAAUUAUGCCAGGGUUCUAAGCCUUGUAAAGGAGAUAUAUGAAAUGAUGGGGGCUGUGGAAUCCAGAAACUAAGCCCCUAGGCUAUAUCAAAUGCCAGCUGUUUAGGGAGAUGGCGGUGACCAUCAGUAAGUAGACCAUUCCAAAAUGCGCUUUCUGAAAGCAGAAGUAGAAACAAUCCUCUUCUACUCCAAAAUGGGAUUGAUGUGGUAAUUAAUUUCCAUAAAGCAGCAAUGGCAUUCUGAGAAUUUAACAGCUCAUGUCAUUUAAAUUCUAGAAAAUAAAAUAUCCUUUUUUAAACUGUUAGAGCCACUGAAUAGCUAAUCUUAAAUUUUGUUUAUUAUUAUAUAUUUGUUUUUGCAUCAAAAAUAAACUAGGUACUGCUGUAUUAUGCAGAAUGCUACAUGGAAGACAUAAUAUAUGUGGGGGAUUAUGCAACUAGAUAGUUUUCUAACCAUUUACAGUUUAUCUAUAAUUAUCUAGGAUCAUUCUACAUCAUUCUGAAGUUUGCAUCUAGUUUACUUCCUGGUAGUGGAUUAAUCUGGUGAUUAAGAUACUUCCAGACAGUAAUGGCUGUUUUUCGAUUGUGUACUUGAAGUUACUUGCAAAGGCAUGCAAUGGUAUCAUUGAAAUGACACAACCUGUGUACCAUAACUUCCUAAACAGCACAACAGAUGAUUUUACCACCUGCCUCUAAACUUUGUCAUCAUUGUUAUUUUAAAACAGGUACAUGUGUAGUGUUAAUAUUUUCAGUUAAAUACAGCCACUGUUUAACAAUCCAAAGACCAGUUAUCAUUAAUGGGAAAGGUGGUAGCUAUCUUUGAGUCAGUUCCGGCUGUAUACUACUGAAAAUUGUAUUUUCUUAUGGGAGACUGCAUUUGUUACAGAAUGUCUGCUUCAUGUUCUGUGAAAAAUGACCCAUAUUGGGUUAAACCUGUAAAUACAUUAUUAGUGACAGUGUUCUUGACUGUCCUUGUUUUGUAUAAUUUUUUUAGGAAAACAGUUGUCAUUGUAUACUUGUAAGGAUUGCUUGAAUGUGCAUUUUUCUGUGGAUCAGAAUGCUUCCAAUAACUGGGAAUUGUUUAAUGCUUCCAGUAGUUGCUUUUUUAACUUAAUUUAUAAUCCAGUAUCUGGAAUUUGAAAACAUAAUGUAUAAAUGCUUCUCAGGGAAUCAAGCCUGAUUGUUACCAUAGAACUUCUGUGGUGCUUAUCAACCUUUGCUUUUAAUAAAGCAGCUUCUUUUGCUGAACUGUA